UGUCGCACCAGCUUUUACAAGACCGCUUUCCUCCCUGGCGUAACUCUUUCCUUUUUAGGCGGUAGGCGACAGAUGCCGCCGUCACCUUCUGCAGUUACGAGCUACGCGGUCGAGACAAGUCGAGCGCUUUCUUUUAGGAGAUACGUCUCCUCGACAAAAGGAUGACCGACGUCCGAGGCAGAAGAUUCGCAGAGAAGCUCGAGCAUCCAGAACUCUUUUGUUUUUGAAGAUACGCGGCGGGAAAAUGUCUCUGACGAGUCGAGCUCUCUGGGGUGCUGUCAAUUUGGAAUCGCAGUUUCACUGAACAUCUGUCUCUGCUUCUUCCUUCGUCUGUCUCCCGUUACUCCAUAUCGGUCCUUCUCUGUUCCUCCUGUCUCUUCUUCUCUCUCUUUCGUAUUUCUUCAUCUCCAUUCCUCUUCCCCGCCCAUCGCGACGGCCUGUCCUGUGCUCGCUGUUCUUGGAUGCUUUCCUCUCUUUGCUUUCCUUCUUCCCCCCUCUGCUCGAGCGCCUCUCUUCUCUCUCUUCUCUCCUCUUCGUUCGCAACCUGCCUCCUUUGCUUCAGGUCCUCUCCCGUUUUCCUCUGUUCUCCUGUCUUGCGCGUCAAGUCUUUUUUGUUUCCUUCUGCCCGACCGUCCGAUGCGCGAACGGAGAAAAGAGCUUUCUAGCAAAUCUUCCAGCGAGUCCAGUUCGUCGAAAAUCUUUUUCUCCUUCCUCUCUGCCUCCUCUGGCUUCUCGUUCUCUCUUCGACAGCCACAGAGACGACAGGGACAGAGAGGAGACAGAAUGGACAGAGAGGAGACAGCAAGAGACAAACAGGAGACAGAAAGAAACAGACAGGGACAAGGAGACGGAAAGAAGCAGAGAAGAAGAGAAAACGGAUUUUCGAAGAGAAUAGGAUUCAUUUCUGGCCGUGAUUCUGCCAUUGGAGCAUUGGUCCGAUGAGAGAAGAGAAUGCGAACUGCUUGAUUUUCUCCCAUCCUCGUCAUUGUUCUCCUGACCGACGGAAGCACGAUGGGCAACCGACCUGUUUUGCCUUCGCCCUAUGAUCUCGAUGUGCCGAUGGGCUACACGCUGCUGGUCUCCGGAGACUUUUACAGAGGGCGCCUGGAUCGACGACGCAUGCCAUUGGGCCGAGGCAUCCUUCUUCUUCGAGAAGGUCACUGCCAUGUGGGGUCGUUCCAGGAUGGCUUGCGUCACGGCCCCGGCUCGUUCGUCGAAAUGCGAAAAGGGGGAUGCGUAGCCAUACACUCAGGGACCUGGUCGCGAGACGCUGCAAACGGUUUCUUUCGCUCUGUCUUUCUCCCGCAAAAAUUGUUCAUUGAUUCUGAAUGGCGAGAAGGCAGCCUCUGCUGGGCUUCCUCUGCCCAGCCGCUCUUGCCCAUGCACGGUCCUUCUUCGCUUCUGAAGGACGCCACUCUCUCGCAAGCUGGACGGAGACGCGAAGAAGCAGGCACCCGUGCCGGUUCUCGUGCAUUCGGCGUCUCUUGCACAGACGCAAUCACAGAGACCUUUUCGGCGAGAAACGUCUGUCUGCGGGGGCGCGAAGCCUCGGGAGAAAAGGCAGGGAAGCCAGAGACGCGCGCUGAGAGACGGCUGCGGGAGAGACGGCUGCGGGAGAGAGACCUGCUUACUCUACCUGCGAACGCCUGGCACCUCAACCUCGCUGCCUCUCCAAGCGGGAGAACUCCGACACUCGAAGCUUUCGUCGAUCCGUACUCUUGGUCGUCUGAGGAACUCUGCAGUCGCUUGAGCACCUUCGUAAUGGAGGGCGGCAAGCUCCCUCCCGACUUCAUCGAACGCUGUCGAAAAAAGGCUCUCACAGGUGCAGAAUUCAUGAGCUUAACUCAUGAGACGCUCCGACGAGACCUCGAGCUCUCCACCUUCGGGCAAAGAUGCCGCGUUCUUCAGCUCGUCAAGUCGCUAAAAGCGGAGUACACCAAACACUCGCGGUAUUCCAGCGCCUUUUCGCCGUCACCGUCGUAUUCUUCGCCGUUUCCUGCGCCGUCUCUUCUGUCCUCCCUCCUCAGACCGCCCGGAUCCGCAUUUCCCUCCAUUCCUGCCCUUGCACAUCCCUGUCCCCCUUCGUCUCCUAUAGCGUCCAGUCCUCUUGUGUCUUGUACACGGUUCCCUGCCGCUCAUCCAUCUUCUGCCCUCUGUUCUCAAACUCGAGCGCCCUGCGUCCGUGGACCUAGUGGGCGUCUCCCUUCCGAGUUCGCUUCUUCUCGAGCAUCUCUGCGCGAGGCGAGCAGACGCGAGGAGGCAGGUCCACGCGUCCCUGAGCUCCCUCUCGCGAGCGUUUCUUCUUCUUCGUCUGGGCAGGUUGCCCUUGAGCGCCUUGCCCUUGAUCAAGGCGGCGAAGCUCUGCGCGCGCUCGCGGCGAGAAGAAGCUUCAGCAGCAGUCUGAGUGGGGGCACAACGUCAAAUGAAGAAGAGACAGGCAAGGAGACAGGAGACGCAGCCGGGCGGGAAGCUGGAAACGAAGAGAGAGGAGAGAGAGCGAACUCGCGACGCGCCUUGCUUGGUCGAGAUGCAGACUCGCGACUGUUCCUCGAGCAAAGGCGACGAGGCGAAGGACCAAGAGAAGAAGAAUGGACAGAGACAGAGAGCAGUGCGUCAAGAAUCUCAGGCGGCGCCUGCGACGCGUGCACCCCGCGCGAACAGGAUCGCCUGAAGUUGGAAGUCGACAGCGAAUGCCACAGCAAGAAAGACGGACGUGACGCAAAGGCGUUAUCUUCCAGGGGAUAUGACGAGGUUUUUCUGGUGGAGUCUCCUCACGCACCACAACCUGGAACGAACAACGAAGGGAACACUGAGAACCAAGAGGUCAUUGCGGCAGCGGCUUCUUGUCGCCGAGGGAUGGAGGCUGUUCUGCCUCCGGGAGAAGAAUCAGAAACGAAACGCGUACGGCCUCCAAGACCUCAUCUUGCCCUCUGUCACUCUUCUUCGUCCUCUUCACGUCAGACGUUUGAACGCCACCCGCAGGCAGAUCCGAAACACCUCAAACAGCCUCCAAGCUUUUUCACUGCUUCUUCUUCUCCUUCUCCUUCUCCUCCUCGUCAUUCUUCUCCUUCUCCUCCUUCUCCUUCUCCUCCUCGUCAUUCUUCUCCUUCUCCUCCUUCUCCUUCUCCUCCUCGUCAUUCUCCUUCUCCUCCUUCUCCUUCCCCUCCUCGUCAUUCUUCUCCUUCUCCUUCUCCUCCUCGUCAUUCUUCUCCUUCUCCUCGUCAUUCUUCUCCUUCUUCCCCUCCUCGUCAUUUGUCUUGUCCUUCUCCUCCUUCGUCUCCUUCGUCUCUGCAUUCACCUCCUUCUUCUUUUUCGUAUCUUUCUUCUGCUCUUUCUUCGAGCGUGCGACUGCGGCCUCGCCAGGUGUGUUCGAUGUGCGAGCGUCCGUUGCAUGCAUCGGAACCUGGAAGAUUCACUUCUCCGGCGGCGCCUGCGCGUUCGCCUCCGGCCUCGGUUUCGGCUCUGGGAGGGCCGAGUCCCCCGGGGGAGUUCUCCGCGUUUCUCCCCAGAGACUCGUGCGACGGCGUUGUUCCGAGAGCCGACAGCAGCUCUCUCCACAGUCUCGCGUUUCGCGGCUUCUUGCCCUUCUCGUUCCUGAUUCCCUUUCACCAGUUGACGUUUAUCCAGCCUCUUCACUCGCCUGCGCCUUCUUGUUCGUCCUGCUCCGCCUUCGCCUCGCCCUGUCGAGAGACGCGUUGGCGACGCGCCAAGUGGAAAGGUUCUUGGCUGGGGAAGACAGUCUGUCUGCAGCUCAUUCCUGUGUCGCUUCUGCCGUCGUGUCAAGAGGAGGGAUCUCCCGUCUGGGGAUCUGGACGCAAAUCCACGGACAGGCGGCGCGCGGGCAACAGCCAGGACCCCCGCGGCCGCGUCUCCCGUUCGCACUCCGGUGGCGAGACGCUGACGCAGCAGCGCGCUCGUAGCCGUUCGUACGCAGCUUCUUCGUCACUGCCUUCUUCGUCUUCGUCGUCUUCUCGCUCUGCCUCCGGCCCGGCUUCUGUCGCUUCUUCUUCCUCGUCUCCAUGCUCUUCGUCUUUGCCCUCGUUUUCCUCGUCUUCGUCGCUGUUUCAGCGAGGCGGCCUGGCUGCGAGCAGCGAGAGUUUGCGUCUGAGAGGAGACGCCGACAAGGCAGAAAGAACAACGGGUCAUCCCGCAGGUUCGGCGCUCGCGACACCAGGCGAGGCUGUUCACGAGAAGAGCGACGGCGAGGGGCGCAGGCGGAGAAGGCGAGGAAAGCGUGAGGAAAGGCCAGCGGGAACGUCAAGGGAGAAGGCGGCAGCCGAUGAGCGGAACGCCGAGAACAGGACGGAGGCCGCGCAGGCCACAGUUCUUCUCGAUUCCGACAGACACGAAAUCAGAGAAAGACGCGCCAACAUCUCGCCGGCUGCCGCGAGACCGACUCCCGCAGAGCGAUGCGACAGACAAGGAGAAGUGCAGAAGGAAGCGCAGAGAGAAGUCCAAGGAGAAGACGAAGAAGAAAGAGGGAGGGGCAGACACGAUGCUUCGUCGCAUGGCGUUUUCGAGAGACGCGACCGUGUGCAAGUGUCUUCGUUGCCUGAGUCUUUGGCCGCUUUUCAUCCGACGACCCGGCGACCCUCAGCUUCUUCUCUCUCUUCCUUUUCUGCGUUCUCGUCUUCUGUGUUUCCAUCUUUCGCGGGGGGACAACGCCUGGGAGAGGUGCCGCGUUUCUUCUCUCCACGCGAGCUCGCAGUUCUGAUUCUCUACCGCAUUUCGCUUCUCCGACAUCCUCACCUCGUUCUCCUCCUCGGCGUCUCCGACGGGGCAUGCACUCUCUGCGGCCGCGGCCCUGCCCUCUGGCUGGUCACCGAGUUCCUCCCGAAACGCUCGCUGUCGUUCUUCUUCGACGCGCCGCUGUCUCGGCCGCGGCAUCUUCCCAGACUCGUCCUGCAUGCGACAGACUUCGUGGUUGCGGGGGACGGGGAAAGCAGCGCGAGCCUUUCGAAGAACGGAGAGCCGACAGACAGAAGCACUGCGACAGGCGCAGGGACCUGUCGCACCCAGACGAAGCCAGAGGGGGACGCCUGCAGACGGCAAACACUCGACCAAGGAGACAGCGAGACUCUCCAGCGACAGGAGAGCGAGAAAGACGGAAGAGAAGAAGACAGAGAAAGAGAGGGGAAGCGAGAAGGACGCGAGGCGCGAGACCGAGCGGAUGAAGAGGCAAGAAAAAAUGUUGAGCAAGGCAGAGAGAGGAGGGGAGGGAAGGCGGAGCGCGAAGAAGACGAGAAGAGGAACGUGGAAACGGAAAGACGAGAAGGCCAAUGGAGACCUUCGUGUCUUCAUAACGACCUGGCGCAUGCAAACAGAUCCGCAUGUGACACAGCUGCUUCGUCUCUCACCCCUGCUCGCAGUUGCACUGACAUUCCUGCCGUUUCCCUCCCCCUUCAGCCUAGAGAGACUCCGCAGUGCUCCACCGUGUUUCCUCCUUGUUCGCCGCUCUGUGUCCUUCCUCUUUCUCUCCGAUCCACCUCACGUAUCACGCUGUCUUCUUCCUCUUCCUCGUCUUCUUCUGCGACAGCUCCGCCUGUCUCUUCGGAGCUUCCCCGCUCUUCGGAGGGGGGGAAGGCGACCUUCGCGCGUCUUCAAGAGCCUCAGGGAAACGCGGCGGAGGCGCUCGGCGGCCGCAGUGUCGAGAGUCGGUCUGCAUGCGCCCUGUCGUCGACGACUGCGCGCGGCGUUUGCCGGGACACCGAAGACGCGCUAGGAGCCGCGCAGGGAGAGAUUUCUUCCGCGUUCUCCUCCUCGCGACCUGCGCGCUGGCUGCUCCCGGGUCGGGUGUCUCGACGCUUUCCGGCCUCGCCAGGAAGAGAAGAGCGAAGGAGCCGGAUAGCGCGACGCUCCCCUAACGAAGGAGAAACCACGAGAGAACAAGGGAGAGAACUCGAACGCGAAGGAGAGAGAGGAACGACAGAACAAGGGAGACAACAUGGAAGAGAACAAGGUGCAAUGCAUGCUGAAGACAGACGCGAGACUACGCCUGCUUCGUUUCCGAAUGCGGAGUUGCGGUCUGCAGCUUUACCGAGGACAGGCCUGAAAGCGAAAUCCGCCGAGUUUGAAAGACGGCGCCUUGAGCACGAUUGGCGCCGGCGCACAGCUACUGCCGCCCGGUUUCGCUUGGACAUACACUCGUCGCUUCGCUUAGCUCGGGGAAUUGCUCUCGGCUGUGCGUAUCUCCAACGAAAAGGCAUUUCGUAUCUCCAACUGCGUCCGGGGAAGGUCCUGGUUGAUGAGUCGAUGAAUGCCCAGCUGACUGGACUCGCAGCGACGACUGUGCACGAGUGGUGUCGCGCCUGGCUGCAAGCAGGUGCUGGCGAUGGCGUCUCAGGGAUCUUCGCGUCUUCCACUGUUCCGCUGUUCUGUGAGUCGCUUCGAUUCGAGCGCGGGGGUGCGACGCUCUCUCUGCCGUCUCCUUCUUCUCCUCCGUCUCCGUUUCUGUCGGCGCGCGCCGCCGCUUCUCCGGCGCUCUCCUUCGUCUGUCUCGAGGAGACACUUGGCUUGUCCUCUCCAGCCGUGAAACAGCAGACUCCGAGGAGACAGCUGACCCUCUUCUCUGCCUCGAGUGGCGUAGACAGUGCAGCGCAUACAACGCGGAAAGCCGAGGGAAGAUCUACGCGAGGAGAAGAAGGGAGAAGAGAGGAAGGAAGGUCUUCGAGGGCAGCGAGAAGAGAGUCAUCAAAGUCGCAAAAGAAGCGCAGUCAGAGAGCGCGAGAAUCGGCAAGUGGCAGAGGAGAAGAUUCAAGCGAUUUGUGGCUGAAACACGCGAACUGGGCGUCGCCAGAGGUGAGACAAAACAUGAAAGAAUAGAAUGAACGAAAACGAAAAACCACUGUGGAGAAAGAAUGGAAAAGAGAGAAAGAGAAAACGUAAAAAACAGCGGAGGGCCAGGGAGGACAAACACGCAACAACAGAAGAAGAGGGAACAGAAGAGAACAACAGGAAAGCAAAGGACGACAAGGGAGACAAGGAACCGAGAUCUGCGUCGGCGGGAAGCGAGGAGAGACAAGAAGUUCGUGGUUGGAAACAACGGCUUGCCAGCAUAGCAGAAAGGCAGAAAACAAGAGGGAGAGCGACAGGGAGAGAGAUCGAGUUUAAUGGAAACCACUCGGCUUUGCUCUCAUCGGACCCGUGCACCGGAA